GAAACCUACCGAAACGCGGAGACCCGCUGUCUACUGGCCGCCUCUUCAUGCGCCACUUCAUCAAAACCAUCUAGGUUAUUUGAUCCUUUUCCAAGUAAUCUCCGCAUUCAUCCACACAGUACCAUCAAUAUCUGAAAUUCCAUCGCCAAUUCGAGUAAACAUCGUUCGCCAGGUUAACUUUACUUACCGUUUUGCCUCUGAUAUGGAAUUUUGAUUUAGGGUGUGGGAUACCAGAGUUUUAUUUGUGCUUGUUUAGAUAUUUGUGUAUAUCUAUUGAAUAUGGCGAUGUUGAAGGAUAUAUUACCUCCUGUGAAACAAAAUAAUCCCACGUUUUAUGACCAUGCUAGUGAUCCAUGGUUUAAGAAUAGAUAUAGUUCAUCUGAGGAGGAACAAUCUCGUGAGAUAAAACUCAAACCUGUACCUCCCUACCUGAAGCGUCAAGGUUUUGUUCCACGAAAGAUUGAAGAUUUUGGUGAUGGAGGUGCAUUUCCGGAGAUUCAUUUGGCUCAGUAUCCUCUUGACAUGGGUAGAAAUAGAGCUGCUAAGCCUGGAUCAAAGAUUCUACCCGUCACUGUUGAUGCACAUGGCAAUGUAGCCUAUGAUGCUAUUGUUAGGCAAAAUGAGAACUCCAAAAAAAUUGUUUACUCACAGCAUAAAGAUAUUGUUCCGAAGAUUUUGAGAAAUGAUGAAGAGAGUGAAGAUGAUGAUGAGGAGUUGCAGCGGGAGAUUGAAGAAACUACACAGGAAACUAAAGCUGCUCUUGAAAAGAUUGUGAAUGUGAAGCUGAGUGCAGCACAGCCAAAGAAUGUACCACAACAGUCGUCUGAAUCAAAGUAUAUUAAGUACAAGCCAUCACAGCAGUCAGUGGCCUUUAAUUCAGGUGCUAAGGAGAGAAUUAUUAGAAUGGUUGAGAAGCCUGUGGAUCCACUUGAGCCACCAAAGUUCAAGCACAAGAGGGUUCCAAAGGCCUCUGGUUCUCCCCCUGUACCAGUCAUGCAUUCCCCACCACGGCCUGUAACUGUAAAAGAUCAACAAGAUUGGAAGAUCCCACCUUGUAUAUCAAAUUGGAAGAACCCAAAGGGCUAUACAAUCCCCCUAGAUAAGCGUCUUGCAGCUGAUGGAAGAGGUCUUCAGGAAGUUCAGAUUAAUGACAACUUUGCUAAACUAUCAGAGGCUCUCUAUGUUGCUGAGCAAAAGGCUAGAGAAGCUGUUGCAAUGAGAUCAAAGGUGCAGAAGGAGAUGCUCAUGAAGGAGAAGGAAAGGAAAGAGCAGGAACUGAGGGCCUUGGCUCAGAAAGCACGGUCUGAGAGGACUGGGGCAGCACCCCCACCAUCUAUGUCAAUCCCAUCUGAGAAGAAUGCAAUGGAUGCUGAUGAUAUGGGAGGGGAAUAUGAGCGUGUGAGAGAAAAAGAAAGGGAUAUGCCAAGAGAGACACGAGAAGAAAGGGAGCAACGAUUGCAGAGAGAGAAAAUUCGUGAGGAGAGACGUCGAGAGAGGGAGAGGGAGAGAAGGUUGGAGGCCAAGGAUGCUGCCAUGGGAAAGAAGAGUAAGAUUACGAGAGACAGAGAUCGGGACAUUAGUGAGAAAGUUGCUCUUGGUAUGGCCUCUGCCGGAGCAGCAAGAGGAGGUGAGGUUAUGUAUGACCAAAGGCUGUUCAACCAGGAGAAAGGAAUGGACUCUGGCUUUGCCACUGACGACCAGUACAAUGUGUAUGACAAGGGCUUGUUUACUGCUCAGCCUACACUUUCAACCCUGUAUAGGCCAAAGAAAGAUGCUGAUGCUGAAAUGUAUGGAAAUGCAGAUGACCAGUUAGAGAAGAUCAUGAAAACUGAUCGAUUUAAAGCCGAUAAGGGUUUUGCAGGCAGCUCUGAGAGGCCUGGUCCAAGAGACAGGCCAGUUGAAUUUGAAAAGGAAGCCGAAGAAGCUGAUCCAUUCGGUCUCGAUCAGUUCUUGACAGAGGUGAAGAAGGGGAAGAAAACAAUGGACAAAGUUGGUAGUGGAGGGACUCUUAGAGCUAGCGCUGGAUCUUCAAUGCGAGAUGAUUAUGGAGGUUCUGGUAGAACUCGUAUAGGGUUUGAGAGGGGCCGUUAAGCUGUUAAAUAUCCUCAUUAAUUAAUAUGUACUUGUAUUUUAAUAUUUGGGACAAUUAAAUUUCCUCCAAGCUACUUUAUCGCUUUGUUGCUUUCUUUGUAUUUGUACUAAAUCAAUGUUUUCUUUGUGAUGCCA